AUGGCUCCUCAUGCGGAAGUCGCAGCAGUCACCGACACAUCAUCAGUGGUUGUACCAGACCCCAUAUUGACCAAGGGCGAUACACAUGCUAAAUUCACCUUCGACGAUGUGCUUCCUCACCGUCAACAAUCAGAGCCUGUCUCGACCAUCGUAGCGGCCUUCUCUUCUGCACACAUGUUCAAGAGCAAGAAAUCCGCCAACAAACCCAAGGCCCGAAAAUGGGAUCAGCAUUUCUCCAUGGAAAGCAGGAGCAGACAGCCCUCGUCCUUGAAAGGUGCCAUGAAGUAUUUCAAAAAGGACACCAUCAGUCUCUGUGGUGGUCUUCCCUCACCUGACUAUUUUCCCUUCCAGGAGGUGGGUGCCAAGCUACCGGUCGCACCACAUUUCUCUCAAGAUGAGUUAGCAGAGACUGCUCAGCCUUUUUCUGCUGGCAAAUUCGACACAUUGAGUGGCGAUUCAACGUACGACCUUCAGAUAGCUCUAAACUAUGGACAAUCCAUGGGACCGGGCGCUGUCCUGCGGUUCAUUACCGAGCAUACUGAGGCUGUCCACAACCCUCCUUAUUCAGAUUGGGAUAUCUGUAUGAGUGCCGGCAGUACUUCUGCUCUCGACAUAUCACUUCGAAUGUUCCUAGAGAGAGGUCACUAUGUGAUAACUGAAGAGUACACCUUCAGCUCAGCAAUCGAAACUGUACUACCCAUCGGCGCCAAGAUGCUCGGGAUCAAGAUGGAUGCCCAUGGAAUGCUUCCGGACGACCUAGAUCAUGUUCUUUCCACAUGGGACGAAAAGGCUCGAAAUGCACCUAAACCAUUCCUCGUUUAUACCGUGCCUACUGGACAAAAUCCCACUGCCAGUACACAGCCUCUGCAAAGAAGGAAGGAUAUCUAUGCAUUGGCCGAGAAGCACAAUCUGUUUAUCCUUGAGGAUGAGCCGUAUUUCUUCCUUCAAAUGGAAACCUUUGUAUCAGGACAAACCCACUCUGUUGAAAAGCCCUUCAAGCCAGCCCCAGUCAAGGACUUCCUUUCCAACCUCAUCCCAUCUUAUCUUUCUCUGGACACUUCAGGACGCGUCCUAAGGCUUGAUUCAUUCUCCAAGAUUAUCGCCCCAGGCUCUCGGACUGGGUGGGUCACUGGACCUUCUCAGGUUAUUGAGCGAUUCCUCCGUCAUGCAGAAGUCAGCGCACAGACACCAUCAGGUUUCUCUCUAAUCACCCUCUACAAGCUACUCGAGGAGAACUGGGGCCACAAGGGGUUCCUCGAAUGGCUGAUGUUCAUCCGUGCCGAGUAUACGAGGAGAAGAGACAUCAUUGUAAACGCGUGCGAGAGAUAUCUACCUGCCGAGGUUGCCAGCUGGAGUCCACCUAUGGCAGGCAUGUUUCACUGGAUCAAGCUUGAUAUUACGAAGCAUCCACUCUACGCCCCUGGAGAGAUGGGCUUGCAGAAAAUUCUGGACAUUGAACACUCUGCUUUCGCGGCCCUUGCUGAUAUGAGUGUGCUAUGUGCCAAAGGUUCAUGGUUCAGAGCUGAGAGAGGUUCAGAUACAGAACUCUUCCUCCGCUUGACAUUUGCCGCCGCUGCGCCAGACAAGAUGGUGCAGGCUGUGGAGAAAAUGGGUUUCGCUUUGAGGCGAGAAUUUGGUUUGGAGCAGGUUGCGCUUGAGCAUACGCAGAACGGACAUACGAAUGGACAUGCGAAAUAA